ACCUCACAUUUUUAUAAAUCUGCCCAAAAUGUGGGCAGGACGGAGGUUUGAUGACACUUGUAGUGAGGAACAUAGGAGGCAAAGCUCAAUUCCAUGUGCUUAGGGGUCAGAUCCCAUAACUCAGAUAGACUUUGGCUGAGAAUGUCCUAAAAUUAUUUAUGCAGUAGCGCCAAGCUUUAUAUUUACCUCACUGACACAUCCCACAAACAGUCUGUUGUUGCUGCUGCUGGGAGCCCAGAACUAUGGGACUAUGGGACAUCUGAAGUGUAACAACUGACUCUACUUCUUGUGUCCCAGCUGCUGCUGCUCUUCCCGGACUAGAUCUCAGCCUCUCUAGCACAAGAGUUACUUCUCCAUUUCCCCUCACAGCUCCAGCAAAUUCCAUUAAACCCUUGUUCUUACACAGCAGUAAACUGGCUGCUUCAUGCAACUGUGGUGCCCAGUGUGGGUGAUGUUUGCCUCUUAAAGGCAUAGGCACGUAAUGCACUCACUCGCCUCAUAUCAACUUCCCAGUCACCAUUUUGCAUAGAGGGUUUGUAUGUAAAGAGGAAUCCAUCUCAUAACGACACCAAUCAGCAUGGAGGCCACCAACCCCUAUGUGACCGUGCAAGCACCCAGUGAAAGGGAGCAGGUAGGAGCGGCUGAGCUCCCAGUCCCCACUUGCCCUAUUUCAGAGCCCUCUGCGGGGUUGAUAUGUGAAGGCACCCAGUGGUUGAGCAAGCAGAGGUCGCUGCGUGUGGUCUAUGUACUGAAUGACAGCCCAAAGUCAGCCAUGGGGGGCAGCCCGGAGUCUGGGGCGCUGCAUUGCCUGCGUCGAGCCUGUGAGGGAGAAGGGGCGCAUCUCAGUAUCGUCAACUUUGGGGAGCUGGACUUUGGGGAAACUGCUGUUCUGGACACCUUCUAUGAUGCAGCUUUCACAUGGGGGCCCACAGAUCCCGUUAGCCAAAAACCUAUUUCUCUGUGAUAGAGUAUUGCGCGGGUCCAUUUUUUGGAACCCGUACCCGAAAUCCGCAACGCGCAUUCUUAAACGCAAGUGCCUUAUCCGCAACCCGGACCCGCUGACCAUCAAGAAUCAGGAAGUGCUGUCAUUGUAAUUCCCAGACUGAAGGAAAAAAUUAUUCAAAUAAUUUAUAUAGUGUAAUUAAAGUUAAUUUUGCUUGACUAAUGUGAUAAAAUAGGAUUUUGAAUAUUUUUUUUGGGUGACGGGUCCCCUUUAACAACGCUUCCAACCAAAAGGAAGACAGUGCAUGUGAAUAGCACAGAAGGUCUUCAUAGAGCCUAUUCACAAAAGCUCCCUAAAAAAAUUCAAAUUGAGGAAACUACAGAGCACUCUACACUUUUCUUUGUGAUCCAAUGCCGCAUCAUUCUGUAACAGCUAUUCAUUGCAUUACCAAGACAAUACUAAGAACAAAGAAAAUAGUGGUCUAUUGCCAAGCGAUGUGGUUUUGUUGAGAAUCAAACUGCAACAAAAUCCUACAUUAACACUUCCCUAUGUAGUCAUUCAAAUUUAAUUCAUCUUUCCCAAACAUGUUUUUGUUUUUGAAACAAAUAAAAAAACUAAAGGACUACAUCCUAAAAAUGAAUAUGGCUAGAAAUGCCAUAUGUUUUAUACUGAACCAGCUUAAAGGUUCAGCAUCUCUAUAUAGCAAUGAUCCAGGCCUUUGAAGUUGUCACAGGAGCUUCUCAUCUUGGAUUAUCUGUGACACGCACAUGCUCAGUGGGCUCUGAACAGCUGAUGAGAAGCUAAGCUUACAGCAAAUCAUUAAGUAGUAAAUGGAAUAUGCCUGUCGUAAUAUGGUGCUACUGGGCUGAUUAUUACAUUUUGAUGUUAAUUGUGCUUGUUUUGGAGCUGCCAGGUACCAAUAAUCUGAUUAACUAAUCAGCCUUAUAUUGUGACAUUUCUAUUCUAUGUGUGCUGUAUAUUUUGAGUCAGUCCCUAAACUCAGUAAGUGACAGCAGCAGAGCAUGUGCAGUGAAUCAACAGAAAAGAAGAUGGGGAGCUACUGGGGCAUCUUUGGAGACACAGAUCUUUACUGCUGAAGGGCUGUGGUUGCCUUGGGCUGGAAAAGAACCCCAAUACAUAAUGGGCAAUAUUUCUGCCCUACUUCUUUAGUUAAGCUUUAGUUCUUUAAAAAUAAAAAGACCACUUAAAUUUUUUCGUAGUUUUCCUCUUAUGUGACAUAACCUUUUCACUCCAUCAAAACACAUGGCUUCUAGUCUGCCAUUUGCCAACAUCUUGAUUACUUGAGCAUAUUCUGAAAGAAGGAAAAUAAAAUAUUUUAUUCUUG